AUGGCGACGUCCGAGAUCAUGGCCCCGCCCAUGAUGGCUUUCUCAAAAUACUCUGAGCUUCCGCCUGAGCUUCGAAUCCAGAUUAUCGAAGAGGUCCUAAAUUCUGCACCGAAAGACCCGGAUUUCAAGCCCCACAUCAGUCCAUACGCGUGUAUCGACCGUCAAUGGAAUCGAAUUGUCGAGCUUCAACUUUUCGGAGAUCUCAACAUCGGAGUCUGGAUGUUUCCUGAUUUUGACGAGAUAUGCAGCAAGCGCAGUGGGCGUUUAAGCAAGAUUGGACUUGUCAUUUUGAAUGAACCCCCUGAGGGUCCAUCCCCUGCAAUCCACGAUAGAAUUGAGGACGAUCUGUUCGAGCUCUUCGACAUCAUGAAAGACUGGACCCAUAUCGACAGGGAGCAACAAGGGCUGAUUGAGCUGGAGUUACGGCUGAGCUUCAAUGAGUUGAAGAGUGCCCAGUACCCCUGUUCUUUCGACAAGCUUCCCGAGGUGCAUGUCAUUGGCAGCAUUUAUGAAGUUUGUAAAUAUGACGUUGUUCGACUACACCCUUCCAGCUCGCUCUCACUCUAUCGAAAGCUGCCAAAUAUCCAUCGUGCAAGCCUGACGCUACCAUUGGAGCCUUCUCGGCACUUUUCGAUGGGGGACAUCGGCAGUGCUAUAAGCUCAUUGUCAAUACAAAACCCCCUCGUGACUCACUUGGAUCUUAUUUCAAGUUCUGACUUCGCAUCAUCUCUGCCCUGGAAUCAUAGACUCGUCAGUCUCAAGCUCCAGUACGUUGUCAACAUUCCAAGAUUUCUCCGAGAGGCCAGCAAUAUCGAGUGGCCAACCAUGAAGACCAUCGACCUGGUUGGUAUGAUGACCGCAAUAGAUGGCGACAACGACGAGGGUCAAAUUAUGGCACAUGCGACUUGCAGAAAUAUAAUUGAGGCACUUAUUACUGCAUUGCCUGGAAUGCCCAAAGCCACAACAUUUCGGAUCAGCAUGGAAUUUGACGCCACGUACGGGCGAGCGUUCAAGGUCGGGAUGAGUCUUGGCGACAUCGCAAUACACAAAAAGCCUGCCAAGAUACCGCCCCGCUUCGCCGACUGGCGGUGCAGAGAAGAAGUUUUCGAGGUGUUGCCCUGCUGUGGCACCUUUGUUCCUGACUUUUACACUGGAACGCUAAAGAUUGCUGGCAUGGCCAUCCCGGGAGACCUUGCGACUCAGUUGCAAGAUGCUGUGCGCCGACACCGUCGACAGGGUCUGGAGGUAUUCUCCUGCAAUGAGCAGUGGAUGAACGGCGAGCGUUAUCCUCCUUGCACGCAGUGGAAUCGACAGAAAGCCACCUGGGAUGUGAUUUUGAUGAAUGACAUGGAUUUAUUCAUCUUCGAUAUGGGCCAGUGUUGGGAAGAAUUGUUUUAUAGCAUUUGGUCAUAG